UCCCCUUUGGCACUACAUUGCUUAGAAUGACGAAUAACAAUUACAACCACAAAACCACACAAAGUCACAAACUAUAAACCCCACAUAUUCAAAAAUUGACUACUAACAUAACAACAACAUUAUCCUCAAUUCAUAUCCCAUCUUUCCUCUGUUGAUGAUCAUACUCCCAACUCCACAACCUCCAUGUUUCCGGCGACAACAACUUCCUCGCCACCAUCUCUACCACCGCAUUCCCUCUUCUCUCCUCCACCUUCUCACCUCUUCUCCGACCUCCUACUCCUUCGUCCGCCAUGCUCAACUCCCUCCCUCUCCCUCUCUCUCCACCGCAACUUCAACCUCGCACUCGCCGUAAAAUCUACGCCGAAAUCUAGAUGCUUCGCCAAAUCUACUGCCGAAGAUCAGAUUAGCGAUUCCGAGACUCGUGAUGGUUCCGGUGUUGUUGAUUUUGAUGACAGAGAAAUUGCUGGUAAUGUUAAAGUUGAGCAUUAUUCUGCUUCUGGUAAUGAUGUUCCCAAAGUGAAUUCUUCGCCUCCUCCUUCUCCUCUUGGAAUUCCUGAGCCUGUUUAUCAGGUGGUGGAGGUGAAGUCGGAUGGAAUGGUAUCGACGAAAACGAUUAAUAGAAGGAAUUUGCUGAAAACUAGUGGUCUUCGUCCUCGUGAUAUUCGCAGUGUUGAUCCGUCCUUGUGGUUGACAAACUCGAUGCCAUCGUUACUGGUUCGGGAGCAUGCUAUUCUACUGAAUUUGGGUUCAUUAAGGGCGAUAGUGAUGCAGGAACGUGUUCUCAUAUUUAACUAUAACCGGAGGGGAGGAAAAGCUUUCAUUGACUCGUUGUUGCCUCGUUUAAAGUCUGUGAACACAAAUGGAGUGUUGUCUAUGCCAUUUGUACUGGAGGUUGUCGAAGCAGCCUUGGUUUCAAGAAUACAGCGCUAUGAGCAAAGGAUGAUGGAAAUUGAACCUCGUGUUCAAUCACUACUUGAGGUUCUCCCUAAUCGAUUAACAGGUGAUAUCUUGGAACAACUUCGCACUAGCAAGCAAACAUUGGUUGAGUUGGGAUCUCGAGCUGGGGAUCUCAGGCAGAUGCUGCUUGAUCUUUUGGAAGACACGCAGGAAUUACGCAGGAUAUGUAUCAUGGGAAGGAAUUGCACAGUUGAUAGAAUUACUCACUCCUUAGAAUGCUCAGUCGCCUUGGACAAAGAUAUUGCAGAGGAAGAGGAGGAAGAAAUUGAAAUGUUGUUGGAAAAUUAUCUUCAGAGGUGUGAAUCUAUCCAUGGUCAAGCUGAAAGGCUUCUUGACUCUGCCAAAGAGAUGGAAGACUCCAUUGCUGUAAAUUUAAGUUCCCGGAGACUCGAAGUAAGCAAAGUGGAGUUACUCCUCCAAGUAGGCACAUUCUGCGUAGCAAUUGGAGCUUUGAUCGCAGGCAUAUUUGGAAUGAAUUUGAGGUCCUAUCUUGAAGAACAUGUGUUUGCAUUUUGGACGACAACAGCAGGGAUUAUGAUUGGUAUUGUGGUUGGAUUUUACCUUAUGUAUGUAUAUCUCAAGAAUAGGAAAAUAUUGUAGCUUUGUUCUCUCAAAAAUCAAAGUAAAUUGGGUAUAUCAGAUUAGUGUAACCACCUCAUUGUUGGGCUGCUUCACUAGGUUAGCUAGCUUAAUUUAUUUUUACUGUAAUUUUAGGGGGAAGGCUGUAUAAGUGUAGAAGAGAGAUCAUGUAAACAGGGGGUGUAAUACUUACUACAUGUAUUUUUCAUGUAAGAAACUCAUUACUGCUGGUAGUAAUUGACAAAAUCACAGAAUAUCUAAAUAAAGCAAGCUGUUUGGUUUA